AUGUCCCAGACACCUAGUAUAGUAAAUUUCCUUAUUCAUGACGCCAAUGGACAGCCGCAAAUGGUGAAAGUUGUUCAAAAUACAAACAAUCAAUCUACUACCCAAAUAAAGGUCAAGCCAAAUCCUGUGAAUAUAUAUAAGAUUCCCGCGAAUGCAGAAGGACAAAUAAAAACACAGGCACCAGUCUUUCGCCCAAUUAAAGUAACUGGUAUUAAAUGUGCAUCAAAAUUGGUGCAAGUGCCUGUUGAAGCAUUAACUCAAUUACAAAAAGUAGAACCCAAAGUAGAACAAGAAGUUAAGUCACAGGAAACUGUCCAGGAACAAAUAUCAGAUUACCAUAUUGUACAGUCGGUGCCAAAGCUUGUACCUAUUCUGCCAAAACCUGAAACUCCUUUUAAAAAACUCAGAAAAUCUAGUGAUUUAUCUCCGACAAUGUCACAUGCAUCAAGAAGGAGACAUGAUUCUGAUAAUGAUCCACCAGCAGAAUACACAACAAAAAGACGUAAGCACGCCGAUAAAGUGGGUAAAGGAUUGCGACACUUCUCCAUGAAAGUUUGUGAGAAAGUCAGAAAUAAGGGUUUCACGUCAUACAACGAAGUUGCUGACGAGUUAGUACUAGAGUUUGCUGCUGGAAUGCAUGGUUCUGCAGAUAGCCAACAAUAUGACCAGAAAAAUAUUCGUCGAAGAGUAUAUGACGCUCUAAACGUAUUAAUGGCAAUGAAUAUAAUAUCGAAAGAAAAGAAAGAAAUUAGAUGGCUAGGCCUUCCAACAAACUCAAUACAGGAGUGCACAGCACUAGAGAAAGAAAAGCAAACAAAAUUAGAACAAAUACAGAAGAAAACUCAACAAUUACAAGAGCUUAUUUUACAGCAUAUAUCAUUCAAAAGUUUAAUAGAAAGAAAUAAAGAAACAGAAAAAAAGGGUGUGAAACCAUCACCGUCGUCAGCCAUUCAUUUACCAUUCAUAGUUGUAAAUACAAGCGACAAAGCAUUGAUAGACUGUAGUAUAUCUAAUGACAAGACAGAAUAUAUGUUUAACUUUAACAAGAGGUUCCAGAUACAUGAUGAUAUAGAUAUAUUAAAAAGGAUGGGUCUUCUGUUUGGGUUGGACAAGGGGGAGUGUACAGAAGAUGAUCUAAAUAAAGUUAAAAAUAUGGUACCAAAAUCAUUAGAAGUAUAUGUGGAACAAAUGGGAAGAGGUGAUAGCACUCUUAGUAACUUAUUAGAAGAGGAAGACAUUGAAGAAGCUGAAAAUGAAGAUGAAACUUUAGACGAAACAGACGUAAAGGACGAGCAAGAAGAAGAUGAGCGUAACGAAUACAGCGAAGACAGUAGUGAUGUAGACGUCUAG